GUAACACCACGACUCUAACAACCUCCAUUCUCAUUCAAUGUUGGCUUUGACCUUUGACACCCAAUCGACACCGACCUAAGCUCGAAGAAAUUGCUAUGUUUCCAACCUAAGGUUUCCCUACCUAACUCCACAACAUAUCUCCUAGCCUCUCACCAUGUCACUUCGCAUAUUGGCAUCAAGCUUGCUUGGCUUGAGCGCGACCCUUGCCAGCGCCAGUCCAGACGAUGAACAGAGACCUCUUGGCGACUACCAUCGCAUAUGUCCCGACUAUACACGAUAUGCAGCAUAUCCUCACCGGCCAUUCAGUACUGGCCCUCGAGAGCUCCCCUAUCAAAGACCAAGCACAAAAUGCCGGACAUUUCAAUCAGACGCUAUCGAAAAGGUGAUUGAAGAUGUGACGUCGCGAAUGAAAGACCCCGAUCUAGCACGGCUCUUCGAGAACGCAUUCCCUUCGACGACCGAUACAACCGUCAAGUUCCAUACCAAAGGAAAAGAAGACACAGGGUUCUUCCGCAUGGGAAGCUUUGGGGGCUUCCAUGAUGAGGGAGCUUGGCAGGGACCACAGUCCUUCAUCAUAACGGGUGACAUCAUCGCGGAAUGGUUACGCGACUCAACAAACCAGUUGCGCCCUUACCAGCCGCUUGCGAACAAGGAUCCAGCCAUUCACACAUUAUUACUCGGUGCCAUCAACACUCAGGCCGAGUAUGUGAUCGAGUCCCCAUACUGUAACGCCUUUCAACCUCCACCCAUCAGCGACUUACCUCUCUCGUCUAAUGGGCAAGAAGACAACGUACACCCAGCAUAUGAGCCGCAAGCAGUAUUCGAGUGCAAGUAUGAGCUAGAUUCUCUGGCACAUUUCCUCGCUCUUGGCAACGACUUCCACGAUCAUACAGGCUCGACCGAGUUUCUAACCAAGAGAUGGUACCGCGCUGUUGAAACCCUCCUGAACGUGCUUACUGAGCAAUCGAAGUCGACCUUCGACCCCAAGACUGGCGAGUUUCAACGCAACGAGUACACAUUCUCGCGACGCACCGACAUUGGGACUGAAACACUCAACCUGAAGGGCGUUGGCAAUCCUCUAAACUGGGGAACAGGCCUGGUUCGAUCAGCCUUCAGACCCAGCGACGAUGCAACAAUUCUCGGUUUCUUCAUCCCUGCCAAUGCACAAAUGUCUGUCGAGCUGAAGCGAGCGUCCAAGAUUCUUACGAAGGCGGGCAAAACAGCACUAGCUCAAAAAUUAGAAACUUGGAGUGCAAAGCUCCGCGAAGGCAUCAUGGAGCAUGGCGUUGUCAAGCACAAGAAGUAUGGAGAUGUGUUUGCAUAUGAAGUAGAUGGAUAUGGCUCUUCGAUCCUGAUGGACGACGCUAAUUAUCCUUCAUUACUGGCACUUCCUCUGAUGGGAUUCUGUGAGGUCAAUGAUCCAAUCUACCAGAACACAAGGAACAUGUUGUUGGAAAAGAGUGGAAAUCCUUACUAUCUUGAAGGGAAUGCAUUCAAGGGCAUUGGAGGACCGCAUAUUGGACUACGAAACGCGUGGCCGAUGAGUCUUCUCAUUCAGGCUCGAACCUCUAACGACGACAAAGAGAUCAAGGAAUGCAUUGAACUUGUGCUCGACUCUGCUAGGCUGGGCUUGGUCCACGAGAGCAUUGAUGUUCAGCACAUUACACAAUACACGAGAAGUUGGUUUGCUUGGGCAAAUGGUGUAUUUGCAUCGACAAUCUUGGAUUUGGCGAAGAGAAAACCACACUUGAUCUUUGGCGAGGGUGCUGCCCCGUAUGAGAUAUGAUUAACGAGAAUGCUGGAUCAUAUGGUGUUUGUGGCAACAAAUGAAUCCAUAAUAAAUGCUCGAUGGUUCCUGUACUGGGCUUGUUAAUACAUACAAACGUCAUGAUCUCCCACUUAAGCACAAGCUUGCAAGUAACCACUUAUAAAAUUAGUGUCUAAAAGUCUCUAGACGCUACCCCGCUAACAGACAACCUACUACAUAAAAUCAGACUAACUUUUAAUUAUAAAUAUAGCUAAA